UGUAAGAUACCGGACACAGGACAGGACAUUUAUUUAUUAACAAACUCUUUAAUAGUUCCUCUUCUGAUAAAUCGAGUUGAUAAACAUUUCGUAAAUACAACUGCCAAAAAGACACCUUCGCUUGACAAUUACUUGGCGGCGUUAGGAAAGGGGCUUGACUUCUUUGGGAUCCAUGGACCAACGGCUGAUGAGAUUACAAAAGAUCUUGAUUUGUCCAAUAAAACAUGUUUGAUUACUGGAGCUAACAGUGGUAUCGGAUUGGAGAUGACGAAAGUUCUAAGUUCUCGAGAGUGCACGGUGCUUAUGGCUUGUCGCAAUCCCUAUGCGGCCAAUAUGGUCGCUAAAAAUGUUUGUGGAAAUAGCCAUCGCCUUAAACUUUAUGAAGUUAAUCUUGCGUCGUUAAGAUCUGUAAAAAAGUGCUCCGACGAAAUUUUGAAACAACAAGCGAAAAUUGAUAUCCUUAUCUUAAACGCAGCUGUAUUUGGAUUACCAUGGACUCUUACGGAGGACUCGUUAGAAACAACAUUUCAAGUCAAUUACCUGAGUCAGUACGUCUUAUUAAUGAAUAUUGAAAAGAUUCUUGCUCCUGACGCCCGCGUCGUGAUUGUAUCUUCGGAGUCACACAGGCACGUGAGCUGGGAUUUCAAUAAUCAGCUAACACCCACGGAAGCAAUGGUGUCCCUUCCCAAAAGUCAAUACACAUCCAUUAGAGCCUAUAACAUUUCAAAGCUGUGUGCCAUUCACUUUAUGCAUUAUUUAAGUUAUCGGUGGCUGAACUCAGGCAAGUCAGUGUUCUGUGCACACCCCGGCACGUUCGUGAAGACAAGAUUAUGCCGGAACUGGUGGCCUUACGAGCUGCUUUAUACAUGCAUGAGGCCUUUCUCCAAGUCUAUUAGCCAAGCAGCCAGUACGCCUCUAUACUGCGCGACGUCCCCCGAUCUGAACGGUCUGUCGGACGUGUACUACAAGGACUGCCGCCGCUGCGAAGUGAGCGACCUGGCGCAGGAUCUACACUUGUCCUUCCGAAUCUGUGAUUUAACGAAAAAUUUAAUCCGUGACCGAGUCUCUUUGACCGAAGAAGCCAGAGUCAAAGAAUUGGCCGCUUUCCCAGACCAAGCUAAACAUACAAUUGAUGAGAAUACACUGGUGGCUAACUAUACUGGCUAG